AUGUUCAAGAGUACCCUUAAUAAAAUUCCAGGCGUCAACCUGGGGAAUGACUAUUCGAUUCUUCCCACUACAAUUCCACAGAGAUCUGAACAAUUUUCACCCUCAUCUAGCUCAACCUUCAAAUCAACAUUUCAGAAAUUCAAUCCUUUCUCCACUGAUGGCGAUAUUACUUUAGACAAUGAAGACGUGGCUACUAGCGACCCUGGCAUGUUUGAACUUUCAAGGUGGGACAGAAUGCUAAUAUUCGCCGUUUUAAUUGCUGGAAGCGCAGUUUGUUUCAUCAUUUGUGUCUUAUUAUUUCCCGUCCUCACAAUAAAACCCACCAAGUUUGCUUUAUUAUGGACAAUGGGUUCCGUUUUCUUCCUUGCAUCCUUUGGGGUGCUUCAAGGGGCCAAAAACUAUUUUAUUCAUCUGACAUCUGCUGAAAGACUUCCCUUUACUAUGGGGUAUUUUGCAAGUAUCACAGCGACUUUAGUAUUCGCUGUUGUCUUAAAAAGCACUAUACUAGUAAUCCUCAGUUGUAUAGUCCAGUUCAUUGCCAUGAUAUGGUAUUUCAUUAGUUACUUCCCAGGUGGCAAACAUGGUCUGAGAUUCACAAGUGGCAUUGCAAGAAGUCAGGUGGAAAGUUGGAUGAACUCAUGA